UUGUACAUACCGGUUUCUGCCUCUGUGUGCUGCUGUUCAACAGCUUUGGAUUUUAAGGCUCAGUAACCCACCCACUUUAGAUUGCUGGCAACCACAAACUGCGCGGAUCAUCGUUGACCAUUGCAGAACACCGCGUCUGCUCCAUUUAAAUCUAGCGGACUAACAACUGCAAUCAGUCGGUUUUAAGAGUCGCAGUGGCAUCAGCAUCUUUGGGACAAAACAUUACUGAAAAUACCCGACAUGGGCAAUGCGAGGAUCCGAUACAGGACCGAAUUGCAAUUGCAGUGCGCGGUUUUCCUGCUCUUUCUUAUGCGGGCCUCUUUUGGAGACAUUGGCUACUCUGUUCAGGAGGAAACAAAGAAUGAUUAUGUCAUCGGGAGUCUGGCUAAGGACCUCAAUCUAGAUUUUCAAGUGCUGGCAGCUCGCAGAGCGCGCCUGGAUUACCAGGGAGACCGGCGGUAUUGCGGAAUAGACUUCAACACCGGAGAUUUCAUUGUUCUUGAGAGAAUCGACAGAGAGAAGUUGUGUGGACAGACAUCAGCGGACAAACCUUGCCUUUUGCAUUUUGAAUUUAUUCUUGAAAAUCCACUAGAGCUAUAUAACGUUGCAUUGGAGAUAGAGGACAUUAAUGACAACGCUCCUGUUUUCCCCAAAGAUGUGAUUAAACUGGAAAUAAGCGAAGCUGCGCCAAAAGGGACUCGCUUUCAAAUAGCCACUGCUCGCGACCUAGACGUUGGGAUAAAUUCAGUCCAAGAUUACCGUCUGGAACAAAAUGAUAAUUUUGUGUUAGAUGUUCAGACCAGUCAGGAGAGAGGCAGGUAUGGGGAACUUGUUCUGAAAAAUGCCCUGGACCGAGAGCUGCAUAGGGAGCACGCUUUGUUACUGACAGCGCUGGACGGAGGCAGUCCUCCCAGAUCCGGCACAGCGACUAUCCACAUUCUCGUCAUGGACAUAAAUGACAAUGCUCCGGUAUUCUCACAGGCUGUCUACGAGGUUAACCUGCUUGAAAACGCUGCACCGGGGACUUUUGUUGUUAAGGUUAGUGCGACAGAUAAAGACGAAGGCGCAAAUGGUGAAAUAAACUACGAUUUUAACCAUGUGCCUGAGAAUGUGAAGCGGUUAUUCCACAUUGACCAAAAAAGCGGUGAAAUUACAGUAACUGGUAAAGUUGAUUAUGAAGAGACUCCUUCGUAUGGAAUGGAAAUUCAGGCUGAGGAUGGCGGAGGCCAGGCUGGACAUUGUAAAGUUAUUAUUCAUGUCACAGAUAUAAAUGAUAAUGUGCCAACAAUAACUAUCAAAUCAGCCGUAAACCCGAUUCCGGAGAAUGCGCCCCCAGGGACAGAAAUUGCAGUUAUUAAUGUGAAAGAUCAGGACUAUGGCGAGAAUAGCAGAAUCCACUGUUCACUCCCAGAAGAUAGUGCUUUUGAAUUACAGUCGUCUAUCAAAAACUACUUCACCUUACUGACCACAGCUGGUCUUGAUCGCGAGGAUGUUUCUGAAUACAGUGUCACCAUCACGGCAACGGACGGAGGGUCACCGCCACUGUCUUCAAAUGCGCAUUUAAAUUUCAGAAUAUCAGAUAUUAACGACAACCCGCCUGUAUUUGAUGAACAGUCUUACAGCGCCUAUGUGUGUGAAAAUAACAAACCCGGCUCCUCUGUUAUUACUGUAAGGGCGAGAGACCCGGACUGGAGACAGAACGGCACGGUGUUCUAUUCUCUGCUGUCGAGUGAAGUCGGCGGUGUUCCGGUUUCGUCGUUUUUAUCCAUUAACGGAGACACAGGAGUGAUCCAUGCUGUGAGAUCAUUUGAUUAUGAGCAGUUCAGAAGUUUUAAAGUCCUCGUUGUUGCCAGAGACAAUGGUUCUCCUCCACUGAGCAGCAACGUGAGUGUGAGCGUCUUCAUAACAGAUGAGAAUGAUAACUCUCCACAGAUAUUAUACCCUGCUCCAGCAGGGAGCUCCUUCAUGACCGAGAUGGUCCCCAAAGCUGCUCAGGCGGGCUCCCUGGUUUCCAAGGUGAUCGCUGUGGAUGCGGACUCUGGACAGAACGCGUGGCUGUCCUAUCAGAUGGUGAAAUCCACAGACCCGGGACUUUUCACUAUUGCUGUCCACAGCGGAGAGAUCAGGACACAGCGGGACAUUUCUGAAUCUGACAGUAUGAAGCAGAUCCUUGUUAUCUCAGUGAAAGAUAACGGACAGCCCUCUCUGUCUACAAGCUGCUCGGUGUAUCUGCUGAUUUCGGACAACUUGGCAGAAGUUCCCGAGUUGAAAGAUAUGUCUUAUGAGGAGAACAAUUCCAGAUUAACGUCAUAUUUGAUCAUCGCCCUGGUGUCCGUCUCCACCUUCUUCCUGACCUUCAUUAUUCUGAUUGUAGCGGUGAGGUUUUGCCGCAGAAGAAAGCCCAGACUGUUGCUUGACGGCGCAGUCGCCAUUCCCAGCGCAUAUUUCCCCCCCAACUACGCAGAGGUAGAGGGAGCAGGAACUCUGCGCAGUUCUUACAAUUAUGACACGUACUUAACAACGGGCUCGCGCACCAGCGACUUCAAGUUCGUCAGCUCUUACAAUGACGUCACUCUCCCCGCUGAUCAGACGCUGAAGAGGAGUCCCAAUCAAAGCACUGAAGAGAGAGGCGUCAGUGAGAACGGAUCCAAAUGCGCAACUCUGUAUUUCGUGUAG